CACAAACAUGUACGGUUUAGUGGAAACAACAGUCCGUACGAUACGAUCCUCCAUUUGGCUGAUUCUGACGCUGGAAGUAAUGCAACUUUGCUCCGACCGUGUAACGGUCAUGUACGAACGGGUGGAACAGACCGUUGGUUUCGAUCUACUCGACUCCCGGAAUCUCCGCGUCCGAAAGUAUAAUCGAACAGUCUCCGUACUAAACGGAACGUUUGAUGUAUUUCGAGAUGUGGGUGACGACUAUUCCUUUACCCUCGCACUAGCGUAUAGCACGCUCGGUAAUAAUCAGUUCAUCAAGUCACCGUUCCGGUUGCCGUUGCAAAAGAUGUGCCAAUUCUUUAACACCACCUAUCGAGACUAUCGGGAGUUUUACAGAAACAUUUCGAACUUUCCCGAUGCAGGUGUGUGCCCAGGAAAAGCCAACCAGUAUUACAUCAAAAAUCACGUGCUGGACCCAAACAUUAUCAACAAUUAUUUCCAGGCAGGAUUAUGGCAGGUCUCAAUGAUUAUAUAUAAAAGUGGCAACUUAGCAUUGCCCGUCUGUAUAACAGAAUUUUAUUUUAGAGUUUCACGGGAAGGACUUUUUUAAAUAUUAGAUCAGCAGUUAUGGAAGUAGAAUUAAUUUGAUGAUCACAACGGCAGACAUAUUUGAAAAGAGCUUAAGUUCAUAUUGAAUGGGUAUUUAUUUUGUAUAGGUAAAAAAUAUUUUUUAUUUUGAAGGAAUUUUGGAAAAACUACUUCAUAUAAUAAUACAAACCAGCACAAAUAAAUCUUCCUUCCCAAAAACAUAUUCCUGAUCCGAAAGUUUUUUUUUCAUUCUAUUCUAUCACGAUUCGAAGCAAGUCCAUUUUAUAAUUACACCCACUUUGGCGUCAAUGCGAUGGAUAAUGCGCAGUAAUUCAAUUAACAAGUGCAUCGAUGAUGGUGCUGACAACUCCCCAAACAUUGUGAAUUCCUGAUAAGCUUCAGCUUUUCGCAAUUCUACGACCUCAUUGAAUCAAUGAAUUCAACACAAAGCUGCAAAGUUGUAUCACUGAAAAGCUCUACCGGGAACUUUUUUUAUUAUGCACUUAAAUACUUUUUACCAUUGCCCUGUCCAGUUCCAUUUACCUGACAGUUAUUUAAUUGACGGUAAAAAUGCUUCCACUACACCAUCCACUUAUGUUAGCGUAUUUCCCUGGCAACAUUUACAACGCAUACCGGGUAACAGACGGAUCGCAGAUCGUCACACACAAACGAAAAAAAAAACCUUCUCGUUACACUCAAAGCGACCCUCGCAGAGUACCGACCGAGUUGCACUUGCCGGUGAAUAAGUGCCAUCAUUAUUUGUCUGUCUAUCUGCCUGUGGGUGGUAUGGUUGAAGAAUAUGGCUAACAUAAAUCCAUCCCUUCGCCUGAAAAUCUCCACUCAUCCCACUCUCAUCCUCUGCCUAAUCCGGCCCAUCAAGCGCCCGUGAGUUGUCACGAAUUUGGGUCGUGUUUUAGAAUUUUUACAGCUUCGCCCAAUCUCGCCCAAUAGCCGUGAAGCAGCGUUCCGGCCAUCAGUCAUUAUGCGGUAAGAAGUAAUUUAAUUUCGUUCUAAUUUAAAGUUUUAAUUGCCGACUUUUUUUCCCCGCUCUUUUCCAUGUAUUUUAGCUCACUGCGCAUUUUGCGCCAAUCCUGCUGGAUGGUUAUAAGUGGAAAAAAAUGUCUCUUUGCCGGUUGCUGCAGCAUAUUUCAGGUUACUCGCGGGGGAGAUGCGUUGUGCGUAAGGUAAAAUCGGAGGGGGUGAAAUAUCGCAAUCACAUGCAAAACCUCGUCUAGAACACGGUUAGUGGAAGAUGUCCCGUGAGAUAGUAAAUUUUACGAUGAGUUUUUUUGUUAUUCGUAAACAAGGCUAGUGAUUUAAUUUCAAGUU